AUGGUUCUUGAAAGAGUUGCCUUUCAAACCUCUGACGACGUCACUAUUCGCGGCUGGUUUUUUACGCCAUGCUCGUCCUCAUCAACCCCAUUACCUUGUCUCGUGAUGUGCCACGGGUUUUCUGCCUUGAAGGAAAUGGACUUGAACACAUUUGCCGAAUACUUUACCUCUAAGCUACCUAUCAGCUGUCUAGUGUUUGACCACCGAGGUUUUGGUGAGAGUGAUACAAAGGAAGGACAGCCCCGAUAUGAGAUCAUUCCCUCACAACAGACCAGUGACAUCUCCGAUGCCAUCACUUAUGCACAAUCUCGAUCAGAUGUUGACGCUGACAAGAUUGGCCUCUGGGGAAGUUCCUAUAGUGGCGGACAUGCACUCUGGGUUGGCGCUACAGACAAGCGGAUCAAAGUUGUGCUGUCCCAAGUCCCUUGUGUUGAUGGUUACAGUAAUUUCCAGAGGCUGAUUCGUCCGGAUUUUGUCGCAAAUAUGAACGAACUAUUCCAAAAGGAUCGCUUGGAACGCGCUUCCGGAAAACCUCCUGGCAUGUUACCAGUCAUCGAUGCCAAUCCUCUUAACCCAUCUGCAUUGCCUACACCAGAUAGCUACGAUUUCUUUUCCACCUGGGCCAAAAAGUGCGACUGGCAAAAUAAAGUUACUCUUAGAAGCAUCGAGGCUCUUCGGGAAUAUUAUCCAUCUGCUCAUAUCCAUCGUAUCGCCCCGACACCGUUGUUAAUGACAGUGGCUGUUAAUGACGUCCUAUCACCCACUGAUCUGUCUUUGGAGGCAUUUUCUCGUGCUUUGGAGCCCAAGACCCUUCAAAUGCUGCCUGGUGGCCACUUUGAGGCCUAUUCUGGUCCGAACUUUGAGCGAAAUGCAGCAUUUCAAGCGGAAUUUCUAAAAAGUCACCUAGCUCAUACUAAUUAG